UGUCAAACUCCUAAAUAAAAAGGAAAAAGUGCAGUUAUACUUAAUAUAUUUGGUUCGUAUAUAUUCCUAAGUAUUCUACGUGCAAUGUUCACAUCAAUCUUUCUCAAGCAAGCACACACGUCUUCUUUCUUGGUUCUCAAUCCUGUGCUACAGAAAAUAUGCCUCCAACGAGAUCAUGUGCAUCAGGAGCCAAGAAAAGACAAAAAAAAAGACAGAGUUGAUGCAUUGGUGAAAUCAAUGCAAGGUUCUAUGGACAGAUUUCUUGUAAAAUCAGCAAAUCUUAAUGAAUCCGGUAGAAGUGGUGAUGAGUUUGAUGAUCCAAUGGAAGAUGAGAAUGAAAUAAAUGAUGAGGAUGUCAAUGAAGAAGAUAAGGAGGUUGAAGAUGAUGUUACUGAUGUCACUGAAGAGGAUGAUAAUCUAAGUGAAAAGGAGAAUGAAGACGUGAAUGAUCAAGUUCAAGAUAAUACUUAG